AUGGAGAAAAAGGAGGAAGAGGAACAUCUGACUGAGGAGAAUAAAGAGGAUAAACAUCAGGAGGAGGAGACUAAGGAGAAGGAGGAUGAAGAGAAUAAGAAGGAUAAACAUCUGGUCAGGGAGGAGGAGAAAAAGGAAGAUAAACAUCUGGAGGAGGAGGAGAAUAUGGAGAUGGGGGAAGAGGAAAAUAAGGAAAAAGAACAUCUGGAGGAGGAAGCUAAGGAGAAGGGACAUCUGGAGGAGGUAGUGGGGGAGAAAAAAAAGGAGGUGAAACAUCAUGGGGCAAAUGAGGAUAAGGAGAACAAAUUAGAACAUCUGAAGGAGGAGAAACAUCCGGAUGAGGAGAAACGCAUUGCAGAGGAGCUUAUCAAGGAGGCAGAGAAAGAGUUCGGAGAACUUUGUGAUGUGAGGUGGUGGUACAGAGUGUACACGUCCCAGCCCACAAUACGGAUAAGAACCAUCAGCCGAUGUCCCACAUUUUAUACCAUGGAGACCAUAGAAGAAGAAAUGGAAGAAGAGGGGGAGGAAAGACCAAGAAGAAGAUCCUGGGUCCCCAAGUGCUUUAGGAGGAACCGUCCAAGAGGCCUGUGAGUACUUGCAGGACAUGGCCCCUGUAGUUCUCCCUUGUUAUUCUCUUAAUGUUACUAUAAUAUCUUAUAUAUUU